GAUCAGCAACAGGAUUCAAGCUAGCAUCUCAUCUAAGGAUGAUCUCAGCAUAAGACAAAAGACUGCCAGUAAUUUCACGAUGAGGAUACGGCGAGGCUUGACAUGUUAUACGAUAACCGGGCUGGCCCUUUUCUGUCUCCUGGUGAUUUACAUGAGUGACUGGACGUACACUGUCGCGUACAUAAACAACAAGGUGCCUGUUCACCGCCCUGUAGUAAGAUGGGCUGACCAUCAACACAUGCUUGACCAGAGCAAGUCCCGGAUUAUGAUCACCUACAAAGGCAGGUUGGGUAAUCACAUGUUUGAGUAUGCCACUCUCAUGGCCAUGGCGCACCGCUACAACAUGACCCCAAUCAUCUCUUCGGACAUCGCCAUCCUUGAUGUGUUUAAUGUUCCCACACUGCAAGGGGACACAAGCCUCUUGCGAAACCCCGUAGUCUAUAUCGAAGAAAGGGCGGCGAAGUACUAUCCAGGCAUCGAGAAGAUUGACCCUAGAAGAGACGCAUAUUUAGUUGGGUACUAUCAAUCGUGGAAGUAUUAUGAUCACAUUAAGCAAGAUCUUCGAGACAAACAUUUUGUCCUACAUGACAGUUUACAGAAGGCAGCGACUGAAUAUAUUAAAAAUGUCUUAAAAGAAAGGAACUUGCUGGGAGCAACAGUUAUUGGCAUCCAUGUUCGACGGGGUGAUUUCGUCAGGCAGCGAGUCAAGGGGUUCACCGUUGCUCCGAUACCUUAUUAUUACAGGGCUAUGGCGUAUUUCAGAAAGAAAUAUAGGCAUGUUCUUUUCAUUAUAUGUACAAAUGAUCUAGUAUGGGCUGAGACGAACUUAGACGAAGGUUCAGACAUUCAUUACUCUCAUGAAACUGAUGGCGCCCUCGACUUAGCGAUUAUGAUAAACUGUGAUCACAUGAUUAUCACUUCCGGGUCAUACUCUUGGUGGGCGGGGUAUCUUGUCAGAGGUGAAGUGGUGUAUUAUUUAGGGUUUCCUCAACCGAAUACCAAAAUAGGUAAUGAAACAGUUAAAGAAGAUUAUUAUCCGCCUUAUUGGCGGGGGCAGUGGUGA